UAUUCUCUUUAUAUAUAUCAUUUCAGGUAUAGUCAUCCGGGAAGGGGGUGCCGCCCGUGCAGCUGCUACCGCCACCAAUGCCGCCAACAUCGCGGGCCCCACACUGAAUGUCGUUGCUGAAGAAGUGAACCAAGAGCAGCAGGGCUUCAAAAGAGAGGCAGACGAGUACAUGCCGAUAGCCAAUAUCACCCGAAUCUUGCGGCGUGUCCUCCCCACCCAUGCCGAAAUCGCCGACGAUGCCAAGGAAGCUAUCCAGGAAUGCGUCUCAGAGUUCAUCAGCUUUAUCACCGCCGAGGCAAACCGGCGGUGCCGCCAGGACUACAGGAGAACAGUCACACCGGAGGACGUGCUGGCAGCAAUGGCCUCUCUAGGUUUCGAAGACUAUUUGGAGUCGCUCACAGUUUUCCUCAACAACCACCGCACGCAGCAGGACCCCGAGCGUGGCUCUAGGAAUCAAAUAUCGCAGAUUGUUAGGCGAGAUGGCGGCGUCGGAGUUGGCUUCCUUCACCACCAGCAACCGCAAGGUGCUCCCACGGUGCGUCCGCCGCCACCACCACCACUGGCGGCACCAACAAUGGGGUAUUAUGUCCCCUUACCGCCACCUGUUGCUGCUACGAUGGAAGAUGAGGAAGAAUUUGGUGGGCUAUCGAAGGGGCAGUAUCAUUUUCCGAUUCCUGAUUUUCCAUUAGAUGACGAUGACAAGGGCGAUCCGACUCCACCUCCUACUUUGACUAGAGCUGCUACUACUUCUAGUGGUUCUACUCCUGUCCAAAAUCCUAAAUCCCGCCCCUCUCGGAAACCUAAGGUUCCUUCUAGACCUUGGCGGUUGACUGGCCGGGCACCCGGUGGACCUGAGCUGCCUAAGUUGAUUCCGAGUUUCGGAGCACACGUUGCGUACGACAUCUGA